UCGGUACCCGUAUCGUUCUAUCGCAAGUCACUAUUUACAUUGUUAUGAAGUCACACUGGCACAUCGAAAAAAUUGUUUUGUUGGAAUGGGUUGCUGUAAAUUAUUUUAAAGCAACUUUAUAGAAGUGUUGACCAUUAUUAGUUUAGUGGAUCAAGUUCUUUGUAAAAGUAUGUUCGGUAUGGCUUCACGGAACCCACAUACCCUUAUGGCACUGCCAAAUGAAGAAAGCUUUGACUUCCUCUUCAAAGUUGUUUUGAUUGGAGAUUGUGGAACUGGGAAAACUUGUAUAGUGGAACGUUUCAAGACUGGAAAUUUCGUCGAACGACAUGGAAAUACGAUUGGUGUAGACUUCUCUAUGAAAACUAUAAAUAUAGAAGGAAAAGCAACUAAGCUUCAAAUUUGGGAUACUGCCGGGCAAGAACGCUUCCGCACAAUUACACAAAGCUAUUAUCGCUCUGCGAAUGGGGUUAUAAUUGUCUAUGAUAUAACCAAGCGAUCGUCCUUUUCAAAUUUACAAAAAUGGAUUGAAGAAGUACGACGGUACACAGCAUCCAACGUAUUACUCAUUUUAAUUGGUAAUAAAUGCGAUUUGGAAGAAGAACGCGAAGUGGACUUCGAAGAAGCAAAGCAAAUGUGCCAAUAUAUCCCGGAAAUACUUUUCGUAAUGGAAACAUCAGCGAAACAAAAUACAAAUGUGGAAGAUGCGUUUGUCUGCUUGGCGACUGAGUUAAAGGUAGGCACGCACUAUUUAUAGGAUUACAACACAUAUU